CACGCAUCCUUCUCUCUCUCUCUCAAUUUCCUCUUACUCAACUCCACAGCAACAACAAUAAUGCUUGUGAAAUCGGCACCUGCGUUUGGUCUAUUGAACACCAAUGGCGAGAAUCUAAGCGCUCUGCUUUCAUCCGCCUCGUCUUCUCACAUUUCGCCGAACAAAUUUCGGGGGAAAAAUGGUUGCAUUUUGUGUGUGGCUAAACACGCGAACAACAAACCAUUGACCGGCGUCGUCUUCGAACCGUUUGAGGAAGUGAAGAAGGAGCUGAUGCUGGUGCCCACCGUCCCACAGGAUUCCCUCGCUCGACAAAAGUACUCUGUCGAGUCUGAAGCUGCUAUCAAUGAACAAAUCAAUGUGGAGUACAAUGUUUCAUAUGUGUACCAUGCUAUGUUUGCCUACUUCGACAGAGACAAUGUUGCACUCAAGGGGCUCGCUAAAUUUUUCAAGGAAUCAAGCAUAGAAGAAAGAGAACAUGCUGAAAAACUAAUGGAAUAUCAGAACAAACGAGGAGGGAAGGUGAAGCUGCAGUCUAUCUUGAUGCCUCUUUCGGAAUUUGAUCAUGCUGAAAAAGGAGAUGCUCUAUAUGCUAUGGAGCUCACUCUAUCUUUGGAAAAGUUGACAAAUGAGAAGCUUCUAAACCUGCACGCCGUUGCCUCCAGGAACAAUGAUGUACAGUUGACUGAUUUUAUUGAGAGCGAGUUUUUGGUUGAGCAGGUGGAGUCUAUUAAGAAAAUAUCAGAAUAUGUUGCGCAGCUGAGAAGAGUUGGCAAAGGCCAUGGUGUUUGGCACUUUGAUCAGAUGUUGCUUCAGUAAGAGGGCAUUCUUGCUUGCUUCAAGUUUCUUCAUAUGUGUUUAUUUUUUCUCCUGCAUUGUCUUUUUUUACAUUUUGUGUUGUGAUUUUCCAUUGCUAGCGAAGAGAAAUGGUUUUUGGGUUUUGUCCUAAGAUGCUCUGGGAAUAGUUGUACUAGCGGUUUGCAAGAACUUGUGUUGAAUUUCAUGUUUCUACCUUGAGAUCCUUUCGGAUGCAAUUAAAAUGUCAUGCUUGAUGUUUGUUGAGUUCAUAUUUUCAGUUUGCAUCUCUUUCAUUCUCUUCCUACAACUUUUUGCAUUAUAAAUAAGUCGGAG